UUUCUUUUCAAAACUACCUUUAUUUAUACAAACAAGAACAUUCGAUGGACAGACGAGAAGAUGAAGCGAAAACAGCGGAAUCCUGUACCCCAUAACCAGGCAGUUUGUGUUACAGUCACAAAAGGUGCCUCACCUGAGGUAACAGGGUUAUCAGGCUACAGAGAAGAAUUACCUAGCAGCUGGGAGCAGAGCAGGAAAAGAGAAUCAGCAAUGGAGAAUGAGAGAUUUGGUGUGGUGAGAGAUUCCAUGGAAGAUAACACUCUCCUGCAAAGGGCUCAACUUGGUACAGUCCGGCGAGCCAGUUACCCUCUGCCAGGGGCAGAUUUCACUUAUGGAGUUAAAUCAUAUAUUCAGGAUGGAGGCGUGGCAUUAGCCCUAGGUCAGUGGAACUCCAUCGAGGCUAAAACUCGCCUACGGAAACUAGAGCGCGAUUAUGUUGCCCUGAACCGCGAGGCGGUGAAAUCCGGCCUAGUCACUGCCCAUGAGCAUCAAGUGUACCGCAACCACCACCAGAUCUGGCGCCCCCUUCAUGAAGGAUGCACCAAACCUCAGGGACUCAACUUGCCCACCAACAUGACCUUUGGCAUAAGCACAAGGCCGUCCACUCCCAUUGGGGAUCUCCUGGAUCACCGAUACCAGCGCCUGUGGGUGGAACAGCAGAGAGUCGCUCAGGAAGCCCUCUUGCUCAAGUCCAAGGAGAAGAUCAAGAAAAGCAAAGUGCAGAACACACGGACGUCGCUGCUCCGCAGAUAUCAGCCUCCCGGAGACCCGGCUCCUCUGUGGCACUUGCCGCGCUUUGAGAAGGUUGCCGCACACCUCGACACCUUCCGGACCCCGGAGCUGCGCCAGAAAGCCUUCAGUGCCCACCAUUCCGAUGCCGUAGCUCGCAGAGGUCUCCAUGGAUUGGGUAUUUACAACAUCAGCUGAGAGAGCGCUGCCACUGGAAGACAGAAAACGCACGGGCUGUAAUAUGCAGUUUGUCUUUUUAUAGUGAGAAAACAUUUCAAAUAAAUUAUUCCAUGUGCAGAA